UGCCUUUCCAAGAGGAGGCAGAAUAAGCCAUGAAGACCGCUUAGCCUUCAGAGCCUCCAGACACCGCCUCCAUGAAGACCACCACUCCGACUCUUUUGACACUUCUGGGCCAUCUGGGACCAGGUGCACAGCCAGUUUCAAGCACAGAACAAAUCCACAGUCUGAGUCGAGUGCAAGCCACCACGCCGCCAGCAUGGCCCGUUUGGCUACACUGGGAUUGGCGAUUGUCGCAUGCGCGACGACCUGCGCCGGAGGAGCUUCACGCGAUGCGCGCGAUUUCCUGGGAAGCUGCGGUGUUUUGGUGCCACAGCCCUUCACCUGCCGUGGGAUGCCCGAGUGGGCGGCCUUCCUGGAGGCGACCACAGAGAAUCGAGCGAAGGGCUUCCAGACCGACGAUGCCUUGCUGGGACAAGCGCAGUGGAUCCUGCAGCAGUGGCAGGACAAGCCGUAUCCACCACAGGAUUUCUUCAAGUACCUUUGUAGUGGACCGGAAACCCCUUGGCCCUUGGCCGACCGCUUCUGCCUCUGGGGGUUUGUCGCAGCGCUCAUCGUGCAGUCGCGGCAUUUGAUGGGCUCGGCUGAGAGGGAGGACCAGAAGUCAGCAGACAUGGACUUUGGAUAUGCCACCACCGUGCUUGGGAAGGAAGGAUCGAUGGAUUUCUUGGAUUCCUCUCCUUGGCCCUUCUCGAUCAUUGAUGCCUUCAUCAACAUCAAUGAGACCAACUUCAUGAGCUAUGAAGCCUACGCGAUACAGCAACCAGUGACACCACCUUCGGUGCCCUUGAAGUCCUUGCAUUGGCAGCCUCCAGUGGAAUUGGAAAAGACACAGCUCCCCAAGAAGAUUCGUCUUGCAGUGGUUGGAUCUCAUGCCACACUCUCUCUGGAGCCGGUAGAGAUGCUGCGGCGGUUCCUCUCUGGUGUGCAGGUGGCUCCUGUCUUCUAUGGCCUGGAAGCACGAUGGUGUCAGAUCUUGGGGAUGUGUGACCAGGGUACAGAGGCAUUAGGGAAACUCUUCAAGGAUGCAGAGAAGGACCCCUAUGCGUACAGCUGGGAGAUCAUGUCAUCUCAGGUGGACCAGAUCUACCAAGCAGAUCGUGGGCUUCGGGAGGCCGAGCUGAUCCUCUGUACCGAGCCAUUGGCCGGGUGUUUGAUGAUGUUGGACUCGGCCCGUGCCAGGAACCGGAGGUUGCCUUUGCUUGGCUAUUUGGGUGUGGCAUUGCUGAACAACUGUCCACCAGAUGACAUGGAUCUAUUUUGGGAGAGGCUCGUAGCCCUUCUGGAGCCCAAGAGGCCCGGACAACCUGCUGCUCAGAUGGCUGUGAACAAUUUGAUUCUUUCCGAACAGAUUUACUAUCAAACUGGCUACCGCAUGCCGUAUGUUCGCGCGCAUGGCCUCUACACCAACAUGGGCUAUGCUCCGACCAAGCCCGAGGAGAUCCUCAUCUGGAGGGCGCCACUCUUCAGCUAUGUCACCACCAGAUGUGCCAUGAUGCACUUCUCAGUGGCAAACCCUCAGCUUCGCAUGAAGUUUCAUUUCAUGGAGGAAGACGAGCACCUGUCCUACUCACAAGUGGGGAGCUUCAAAGCUGUUGCCCUUAUCCCUUGGGAUCAUGCGCUCAUGACUUUCUAUGAGCUCUACACUGCAACCAUCCCCCUCCUAAUGCCUGGCACCGAGUGGAUGUACCGGCUCCUCUACCAAAGAGGCCAGCUCUCAGUCGGGGAGCGCAUCUACCAAACCACGAUGCCUGGCUACACGGUGCCAGUUGCUCGCUUUGCAGACCAGGAGCCCGCCUCCCAGGCGCCGGGCGCCUCGUCGCCGGCGGGAGGCCUGGGCUCGGCGAAGGCAGCGCGGGGCGUGGCGGAGGAUGUGCUGACCAGGGGCCUCGAAGCGCAGGACCUGGACACAGCGAAGCAAUAUCUGAAAGCAGCGCUGGAGCUGAUCCAAGACAUGCAGUAUUUCCUGGCCGUGGCGGAAAACAGGACCGAUGAAGACUCCUAUACCUCGAUGGGCGUGAUCCGUCGAAGUGCCAGCUCCAAGACAUCCGCCUUCGUGCCCCAACGGGCUCAGCCCAAACAUCCUGAGCCUUGGCAUCCGUACACACCUUUCCAGAUGUCCCCCUUGGACUCCAACGAUUGGACGCGCAUGCGCAAAGGGACCUGGUGGCUCCGGCGCGGCGUGCGCUUCGAUGCCAUGCGCUAUUGGUAUCAAUACUCAGACUUCGCGCGAUUUCCGGGGAUCACCUACUUCUCCAACUUGCCGGACCUCAUGUGCAUGGCAGAGUCGCUGGAUAUCAACGACCUCUCGGUCCAAAUGCGGCGCUACAAUGAGCAAAGCUUAGUGCACUCGGUGACUUUUUGGACCUACUCCGUCGCCACCUUGUUAGGUUGAUCCCCCCCCCUACCAUUGCUUUCACUUGCUGCACGACCAGCCCCGGACCAGCCGGACCAGCCACUGCAAGAUCUCGAAGGGCCUCGCACUUGACACCGAUCGUCACGUGAUCCCCACAGAUGUCGGAGUUUGGUCGAGGUAUGUCGAGGUCGAGUGCAGCAGACGAAGACCAAGCGCCGAUGGGUUCAAGGAUGGGAAAAGGACUGGCUCCUUUGCUUGAGGCAGGUCCUCAGAACUUGCUUGGCCUAGC